AUGAAUAAUCAGGCAUUCAGUCUAGCAGAGAAGCUUAUUCCCGCAAUUUAUGUACAACAAGGUUUAAAUGCAAAGAAGGCACGUGAAAAUCUUAUAAGACACUUCAUUGAACAUCAAAAAUGGCCAGAAGAGGGCUGGGAUGAUACAACAAUAGAAGCAUUCCUCUCAGAUCUAUCUCAAAUGGAUAGUAACAAUUUUCCUUCAAACUGUAGUGUUGGAGAACGUGAAGCAAGAAUUAUUUCAAACAUUGUUGCAAGACGACAUUAUCGAAUGGGACAUGGUAUAGGUAGAUCAAGUGAUUUGGAAGAAGUACAACCAAAAGCUGCUGGAAGUAGUUUAAUGUAUAAAUUAACAAAUGCUUUGGUACUAGAAGUUAUUCGAUAUAUGGGUGUAAAGAGUAUAGCAGGCUGUUUUUUAUCGCCAAUGGCUACUGGCAUGAGCUUGGUAUUAUGUAUGUUAACAUUUAAACAAGACAGACCAAGGGCAAAGUAUGUUUUAUGGUCUAGAAUUGAUCAGAAGUCAAGCUUUAAGUCAAUAUAUACAGCUGGAUUAGAACCAAUUGUUAUUGAAACAAAAAUAGUUGGUGAUGAAGUCAAAACAGAUAUGCAAAGACUCGAAUCUCAAAUGGCAGCUUUAGGCGAAAGUGUUGCUUGUGUCCUUACGACGACCAGUUGCUUUGCACCUAGAUCAUGUGAUUCUAUUGAUUCUAUUGCAGCACUUUGUACUCAGUAUAACAUUCCCCAUUUAGUGAACAAUGCAUAUGGCUUGCAGAGUACAAGGUGUAUGCAUCUUAUACAAGAAGCAUCACGGAAAGGCCGCGUCGAUGCUUUUGUUCAAAGCACAGAUAAGAAUUUUUUGGUUCCCGUCGGCGGUGCAAUCGUUGGUUCAUUUGACAAAAAACUUUUAGAUCGCAUAUCAAAAAUGUAUCCAGGUCGCGCGAGUGCUAGUUCUAUUAUGGAUGUAAUGAUAACAUUACUAAGUUUGGGAAUGGCCGGUUACAAGCAGUUAAUUACACAACGCAAAGAAAUGUAUUCAUAUUUAAAAGAUGAACUUGGAAAAUUAGCGGCACGAUACGAUGAGAGAUUGCUAGACACGAAAGGAAACCCAAUAUCAAUGGGAAUGACUCUUCAAUUUUUAAAUCAUCAUAAUGGUUUCCAACAAAUUAAUAUGUUACGUUCAAUAUUAUUCCUUCGAAAUGUUAGUGGUACAAGAGUAAUAACAGGUGCAGAUAGUAAACUUGUUGUUUCACAUAAGUUCGAAGGUUGGGGAGCUCACAAUAGUAAUUACCCAGUACCAUAUUUAACUGCUGCCGCAGCUCUGGGGAUGAAGAGAUCGGAUGUAGACGUAUUUAUACAACGACUAGAUAAAGCUUUGACUAAAGUGAGGAGGCGUUCAGCUCCGGUCACACCAACAGCAUCUCUUGCUGGAUCUAGCAUUAAUGGAGAUACAGGAGGUGCUGGUGGUCCUGGAGAAUCUAGUACAGCUUCAACUAGCCGUGCAAGUAGUAAGGAUAGUUUGAGAAAAUGA